UUUAACUAUAGUCUCACUGUUCCAACAGAAGUAUAGCAAGUAUAGAAAUAUUAGUCGAUGUCAGAAGUCCAAAACCUUAGUAAAACAAGCAUAGUAGCUGAAGUGGAAGUUAAAGAGGAAAAGCCUAUUCUUACUGAAGAAGCUACUGCUUCAAGCGAAAAGAUGAUGAGAAAAUACAUCGGAGCUCAUAUAUCUGCAGCUGGUGGCGUGUUCAAUUCCUUAAUUAAUAUGAAGAACAUAAAGUAUGUAAAUUAUAGUACUGUUGCUGUGCAAUGCAUCAUAAGUUGGUAUACCAAGAAUUGGUUUGUUUACAUUUUAAUGAACAAUUGUUUCAGUCUGUACGGACCUUGACGUCUUUGGCGUUCAAUUUUAUUUGGAAAACAUGUGUUUUUUGGAUAAAAGGAAUAGGAUUUCUGACAAUAUUUAGUGCUACGAGCUGUGCAUUCUUUGUCAAAUCUCAACGGAAAUGGGCGUCCGCAGAUAUGCCAGAGGAAAUCGCGGAAAAGUUUCGAGAACUGGCUAAAGAAUACCAAUUUGACGCUAAAAAACAUGUGCUUGUUCAUGGUAGCUAUCUUAUUAACAUGGCAAACGCAGACAAGCAGAAACGCGAACAGGCCUAUGACUGUUUUCUUGAUGAUUUAAAACGCUGUGAACGUUUGGGUGUAGGAAAUUACAAUUUUCAUCCCGGAAGUACUGCUUCUUGCACAAAAGAAGAAGGCAUCAAUAACCUUGCAGAAUGUAUUAAUAGAGCUCAUGAAGCUACAAAUGAUGUAAUUAUUGUUACUGAAAAUAUGGCUGGUCAAGGAAAUUGCCUUGGGGGUACCUUCAGUGAUUUCGCAGCAUUGAAAGCGAAGAUCAAAAACUUAGACCGCUGGAGAGUUUGUUUGGAUACAUGUCAUUCCUUUGCUGCUGGAUAUGACUUAAGAACAAAAGAAAGUUAUGAAAAGGUUAUAGAAGACUUUGAUAAAACGGUUGGUGUACAAUAUAUCGGUGGAUGGCACUUGAAUGAUUCAAAAGCACCAUUAGGAAGUAAUCGUGAUUUGCACGAAAAUAUUGGUUUGGGGUUUUUGGGCUUGGAACCCUUCCGGUUAAUUAUGAAUGAUUCCAGGUGGGACGGAAUCCCCAUGGUCCUUGAAACACCUGCCAAGACACCAGAGACAUGGGCAAACGAGCUUGAAAUUCUUCGUAAAUUGGUUGGAAAAUCUUCUGAUGACCCUUACCUUCUUGAGGAGGGUAAGCGACUGGCUUCUAUGGGUGAAUCAUCACGGAAAGAUCAAUUGAGCAAAUUUGAACAAAAGGAAGCAAAACGGGUCGGAAAGAAAAGAAAGGAUGAGUUGACCACCACUCAGACAACUAUAAAGACAGUGAAGCGGACAAGGAAGACUGUACAAACCUCUAAAGCGUAAUUCAUUGUAGUUAAAAUAUGUCGAGUUUGCGCAUUUUUGUCAAGCGGUAGCUCAUUGAAUAGCUAGUGCUUCAGAAUUUCACUCAUUUAUACUGAAUAGAUUAUACAAAUAUAAUUGUUUUAAUAUUUUCUUUUUUUUUUUACCGUUUGCUGUUCAUAUUUCGCUCUUUAUUAUUUAUUUACUAAAGCAUUCCUUGUACUUCGUUAGACUUCGGUUAUUUGCUGAGUUUUUCGCCUUUACACGAACUUGUCUUACCUCCUUAUAUCUCUUAACCGACAGCUUAGGGUUUAUCCAAAGAAGCCCUAACCUAUAGGCCUAUGUGACUGUUCUUUUGGUUUCACUAGAUUUCCCAUUUUACCAAGGAAAAAUCUCUACACCACCCAAAAACUCCAACAU